UAAAAACAAAAUGGCUGGCCAUACCGCCGGAGAACCGCUAGAAUGCUACAGUAUCCCUAUUGUGUUAGAAAAAGAACAAGACAUUGAUCAACAUGGCAACCCAAUGCGAGAGCCUGAUGGAAAACCACGGUACAGAUGUGGGUUUAGGAUAGGGGGAGGCAUUGACCAAGAUCCAUCACAAAGUCCCCAGGGUUAUCCAGAUAAAGGUGUUUAUGUGACCUACAUCCAUGACAACAGUCCAGCCUCCCGGUGUGGAUUACAGUUACAUGAUAAAAUUCUCCAGGUGAAUGGUAAAGACUUUACUCUAGUUACACAUAAACAAGCAGUAGACAGCAUACGAAAGAAGCCUGUGCUGAAGAUGCUUGUGUACAGAAAGGGGGUGCCACCUCUACAGAAACCAGGGAACCAGAUGGUAGGACACACCCAGUUCCAAGCUUACCCCCACCACGGGCAGCAGCCAGCCUACGCCCCACAGUACCAGCCCCAGUACUAAGCUACAGCCAUGUGAUAGAUAGCCAUGCUGAUAGGGUCAUCUUUUAUAGCCAUAUUUACAUUCUGGGAACAAAAUUCACUUUAUUUAUUGUAAUUAGAACAUCUAUGUUUAUUAUGAUAAGCAAUUUUAAAUUCACUUUUUAAAAUCAGGGUUAUAUUUUAAAAUAAUUAUAAUAAUCAAGUAAAAUAACUGCUAAUUUGUUUACAAUUUCCAAUUGUUGGUAGCCAUGUGAAGUAUUGAAAACUUUCCUGUGGAAGUUUAGUUCUGCAGCAAAGUUUUCCACUGCCAGUGAAUGGUGAGAGUUAGUUCUGCAGCUAAGUUUUUCAGUGUCAGUGAAUGGUGAGGGUUAGUUCUGCAGCAAAGUUUUCCAGUGUCAGUGAAUGGUGAGGGUUAGUUCUGCAGCAAAGUUUUCCAGUGUCAGUGAAUAGUGUUUAAUGGUGGUGCUUUCAUUGCUAAUCAUGUCUUGGUAAAUGCUUGGUCUGAUCAGAGCAUUUUGCCUCAUGUUCAUCUCUUCCCUUCACCAGAAGUUAUUGCUAACAGUCAUUGCAAACUGCCGUAGAUUAAUACAAGGCAUUUACAUUGUAAAAUAAAUUGUGUGGUGUGAGUCAGUGUAUUCUAAUUUAAAAUUCAUCCAAUGGUUUUCUCUGACCUUCACAUACCAAAGUGUAGGAUAUUAUUGGAACCAAUGUUUACUUCAGAAAACAAGGUUUGCUAUUUCAUAAUGUCUAUGUUCUAAUUACAUGUUGAUAAUGUUCUAUAUUACAUUUUUUUGUUCUGUAUUACAUGUCAGUCUUUAUGUAUAACAGUAAGCGCAACAUGCCUUUGAAAGCAGGGUUGUAAAGUGCGUAGUUCACACAGAGAUUCUAACAUCUUCAUCCUUAAAUCACUGCAGGUACACGCCCAUUUUACUUCUUACAAAAACAUGUUCAGCUGCUUUAAAAAAAAUGUACUAAUUAGUUUUCUUUUUGUAUUUUAAUUAACAAGGCUGCCUAGUGCCAUUGAGGCUUUCAAUACAUCUGAUCUAUAAAUAGCACUGUUAUGGUUGUGUUCAUGCCAGAUUUCUUCAUGUUCUGUGACAUUUUCAUGUACCCACUCCCCCUAAGC